CCGGAGGUGUGAAGUCACGCGAGGCGGGAUGGACCUUUGACGCGUCCCUUCUCGUCUUCCCAAACGCGUCCCUCGGCUUGCAACACCCUCUUGCGAACAAGCAACCGUCCCAGAACACCCUCGCUCACGCCAGCUUCCCUUUUCUCCAGGCCAGCUGUAUCUAGCAUCAUAUCGUUUUCUCUCCAGCAACGCAACGACAUCCCCCUCCAAAAAAAAUGGGCCUAAACUACAAAAAAUGGGACAACCUCCCCGACUACUCCUCCUCCUCCUCCUCCUCAUCCGAGGACGACAACAGCAGCGCCCCAUCACAACGUCGCUUCGUUAAGGAGAAAGAGAAAGUCGCGGCCACGCUGCGAUUGGAGGCGCUCGCGGCGGCGGAUGGGGGAAGGCCGAAGGGCGUGUUACUUGCUGUGCCGUGGGAUUCACAUUGUGAGGCAGUCAGAUGGGCGCUCGAUCGGCAUGGGAUCUCGUACGUCGAGGAGUCGCUGCCAUGGGGCCUGCAUAUCUGGGCGACGCUGGGCUACUCGGACCCCACGCCGAGGCCGCAACAGCUCAAGGUGCCCGUGUUCAAGAGUGGGAAGGGUGAGGUCCUCAAACGCUCCCCAACCGACAUCUACACCUACCUCUUCGCCCACUCCCUCUCCUCCACCCUCCGGCUCUUCACGCCCCCCAGCGCCCUCGACCUCCAAACCUACUUCGACACCCGCCUCCACCCCGCAGCACGCAUCAUCUUCCUAUCCACCAUCCUGCCCAGCCCGACCCUCUCCCAAAAAUACAUCCUCGACGUCGUGCAUCUGAACACCUGGCGCACCCUCGCGGAGGUCACCUGGCCCGUGAUGAGGGUCUGGCUGGGGUGGUGUGAGGGAGUGUGGACGGUGCGCGGCGGGUGGGUGCGGGACGUGGAGGCGGCGUGGCGGGUAGUGGAGGAGGUGUUUGAGCGGGUUGGGGAGGAACUCGACAGCGUCGCUCGGGCCCAACCCAUCUCCACCGCACACACACCGACCACGACCACGAAAAAACAUAAACCCAAGAAACCCUACAUCGCCGCCCCACACCUGACCGCCGCCGACAUCACCUUCGCCGCUCACUGCAUCCCCGUCCUCUUCCCUUCUUCGCAAACCGACACCUUCGCGGAGAACCUCACGCUGCUUAUGCCCUCGCUCUCCGAGCUUCCGCCACACGUUCGGGCCCGCGUGCGGACGUUGCGGGAGACGAGCGCGGGGCGGCAUGCUAUACGAAUGUGGCGGAGGGAGAGAGGGGGUGGGGGUGGGAGGGUGAGGGCGAGCAGGUGGGGGCGGGGGAAUAACCCGUGGUGGGUUAAAGGAGGGGCGGAGGGGGUUGUGUGGGGGGUUGCGCGUGGUGCUGGGGUGGCUGCGGUGGUUUUUGUUGGUGUGGUGUGGGUCUGGGGACUGGUGGUUGCGAUCUGCGCGGCUGUGUUGGUGGGCCUGGGUGCAGCCGGUGGGGCAUGGUACGCAUGUCGCGGCACUGUUGUGGAGGAACGGGUCCGACAAAUCUGGUUCGUGUUGUUUGGAACGCCCGAGACCACGACGGCGCCCGCAGCGGCUGUACCUAAACUCCCUGCCGACGCGCAACAGGGCAAAACGAACUCACCGAUGAUGGGCGGCGAUACAUCACCAUCAGCCGCCGCACAACCGACGCUCGCUUCCAUCAAGGAAACGCUGCGGAAACGGAUCGCAGGGUCCAAAUCGCCUGGGGGUGCUCACGGCGGCGGGGGCGCGGGUGGUGCUAGCUUGAACAACAGAUGGGGCCCGAGCAGGGAGGCGGUAGCGCGGGCCAUUUGAACGAUGGAACAAAGGCUAGACAUCCAUCAAAGCUCUAUUGAAUGUGACGGUGGAAGUGCAUGCGUGCCUACUGAGGAGGCGGCAGAGUUGGACAGUGGUGGGGACUAACUAAGUUUUGCUCCAUAUGUAUUUGACAUCGUAUUGGAGAUUGUUUGUAUUGAACAUUAUGUAUCAUACUUUCAAAGGUCAGCUUCCAAAAGGAUUGUAU